AUGUCCUUGAACGUAUCUGAUCCCGCUCUUGCCGAAAUUUACGAAGACAUUAGAGACGACAAGUCCGAGACCAACUGGGUCUUCUUCGGUUUUGCUGAUGGUAAGCCUGAUCGUCUUCAAGUUGCAGGUUCAGGAAGUGGAGGACUUGAUGAAUUUGUCGCACACUUGAAGUCUGACGUUGCUGGAUGGGGUUAUGUUCGUAUGAACAUGAGUAAUGAUGAAUACUCUCAACGUAUCAAGUUUGUCUUUGUGCCUUGGUGUGGCGAGAACGUUGGUAUCAUGCGCAAGGCCAAGUUGUCUAUUCAAAUCGCUGAUGUCAAGAACAUUGUUCGUAAUUUCCACAUUGAAGUGCCUGCAUCUCACACUUCAGAUUUGACCGAAAGCGAGAUCAUGACCAAGCUGAGACGUGCUGGUGGUGCCAACUAUGAUAGACAAUCAAGCAAUUAUUAG